GGCUCGGGGAGUGACCAGAGCCUCCAGCGGGUCACAGCAGCCGAGAGGGGGCUGCGGGCCUGGGCGAGGAGGUGAGCGCUUCGGGUCCCGGCCGAGAGCGGGACACCGGAUCCCGGGCGAGGAGCCAAGAACCCGGAGAAGAUGGUGGACCACUUGGUGAACACAGAGAUCAACAGCCAGCGCAUUGCCGCUGUGGAGAACUGCUUUGGGGCGUCAGGGCAGCCGCUGGCCCUGCCGGGCCGGGUGCUCCUGGGAGAGGGUGUGCUGACCAAAGAGUGCCGCAAAAAGGCCAAGCCACGCAUCUUCUUCCUCUUCAACGACAUCCUGGUCUACGGCAGCAUUGUGCUCAGCAAGCGCAAGUACCGCAGCCAGCACAUCAUUCCCCUGGAGGAGGUGACGCUGGAGCUGCUGCCGGAUACCCUGGAGGCCAAGAACCGCUGGAUGAUCAAGACAGCCAAGAAGUCCUUCGUGGUGUCGGCCGCCUCCCCCACAGAGCGCCAGGAGUGGCUCAGCCACAUUGAGGAGUGCGUGCGGCGGCAGCUGCUGGCCACCGGCCACCAGCCCACCACAGAGCACGCGGCGCCCUGGAUCCCCGACAAGGCCACGGACAUCUGCAUGCGCUGUACGCAGACGCGCUUCUCAGCCCUCACGCGCCGCCACCACUGCCGCAAGUGCGGCUUCGUGGUGUGCGCCGAGUGCUCCCGAGAACGCUUCCUGCUGCCGCGCCUCUCGCCCAAGCCCCAGCGCGUCUGCAGCCUCUGCUACCGGGAGCUGGCCGCCCAGAAGCUGCAGGAGGAAGCGGAGGAGCAGGGCGGGGUUUCCCCACAGCAGCUGGCGCACCUGGGCGGGGCUUUCUACGGAGCCUCCAGUGGAGACGAUGGCGACGACGAUGACUCCGACGAUGACAAGGAGGGCAGCAGGGAUGGUGACUGGCCCAGCCGCGUGCAGUUCUAUGCCUCCAGUGUCUCCUGGUCAGCCUUCCACAGCUGACCCCCAGGGCGGUGCAUGCAGAGGUGGGGGUGGCUCUUCCCUCUGGAUUCUCAGUGCCUUUUUCUGGAGAUGGCUUUCCAUCCAGACCCACCUCCAGCUCCACUUCAGGUAAUAACCUUCCCACUUAGCGAGUCCCAGAACACCUCAGCCUCCUGGGAACGCAGCCCUGCAGACUGUGGCUGCAGCUCCAGACAACUCCCUGGCUUCGAUAACUCCAGGUGUCUGAGCACUGGGGCACCAGAUAUGGGUCUGCAUGCAAAGGGAAGACAGGCAGGAGAGUGAGGGUCCCUUCUGAGCCAAAGCCCAAGCCCCAGGACCCCAAUCUUGCACCCUAGGCAAGCAAACCCCACAGAAGAGCAAACAUCUGGGGAGGCCUCCAAGAAGCCAAGGCCUGCCCACUCACUACGAUGGUGCCCACCGCCUGGCCACUGGCCCUGCCAGACCAAGCACAGAGCUCACCUAAACCAGGAGAAAGCCUGCCAUGCUGUGUGUGCACACCAGGCCCAGGGGACCACAGCCUGAGCUCCCCAUAGCCCAGGGCAGCCUGACAGGGCCACUGUCCUGUCUUACCUCCCUCCAGGUGCCCAGGUGUCUGAUGGCUUUUUGUCCUGUCCUCAUCUCUCCCUACAGACAGUGCAAGCAGUGUUUUCUGUUAGGGCUUUUAGUUGUAAGGACAAAAACCCCGCCAGACUGACUCAUUAAUAAAAAAGGAUGUUUACCAAUUCA